AUGACAUUUGAAGUGGUUAAAUCUUUUCAUGAUUUUAUGAUUGGUCGUGAUUAUAAUACAAAUCCAACACCAAUCACUGCUGCUGCCGAAGUACUUUAUGCAUUUGAUAUGGUUAUGCAAGGUACACAAAGUACAGCUGUGAUUGUCAUAGGUUCUUCAUCAACAGUAACUAUGUUUGCAUUGGUUUCAGCAGCAUUCUUAAGAAAUAUUCCUAUUCUCAAUAUUUAUAUAGAAAAUAAUAUUAUCGAUCAAAGAACAGCAGAAGUUAUAUUGACGAUGUCUUCGGUCACUGUUCGAACUUUUUCUAAUCGGAUAGUUGGGAACUCCGAAUAUCAACAGUUAAAUGAUCUUUUAGUUAAACUUUACAAAUAA